UCAUGUGAGAGCAUUUUCUAAUAUUUGUGUGAAAAAGAGAGGAGAAUUUCCAUAAGUUUCCACGGGCGCAAUUCAAUUCCUGUGGAAACAAACAAGUUUAAUCUGUACCAAUCAUUACCCAGAAGGCCAAAAUCAUCCACUAGCGUCAAUAGAUUGCUGGGUAUUGAAUCCCUUUCUCUUUUCAGGUCCCCAAAAAAAAAAAAAAACCCUUCCUUCGGUGAACCCCAUAUUACGUUCACAUUUAUAUAACUACAGUUCGAAAUUCUCUAUCAUGGGUUGCACGUUCUCCCUUCCAGAUAGAAAUCCAAAAAGGCUUGGAAUAGCCAGUUUAGAGAAUGAUGAAGGUCAGGACUCCAAGAAUCUACGCGUGAAGCUUGUUCUGUUAGGUGAUUCUGGUGUUGGUAAAAGCUGUAUUGUUCUUCGAUUUGUUCGUGGCAAGUUCGAUCCAACAUCCAAGGUAACUGUGGGAGCUUCGUUUUUGUCACAAACAAUUGCUUUGCAAGGCUCUACGACAGUCAGGUUUGAAAUAUGGGAUACUGCUGGUCAAGAAAGGUAUGCUGCUCUAGCACCAUUAUAUUAUCGUGGUGCAGCAGUUGCAGUUAUUGUCUACGAUAUAACAAGACCAGAAUCUUUCUACAAAGCACAGUACUGGGUCAAGGAGUUACAAAAGCAUGGAAGCCCUGAUAUAAUUAUGGCCUUGGUCGGUAACAAAGCCGAUCUUCAAGAGAAGCGGGAGGUACCUGUCCAGGAUGCCCUGGAGUAUGCAGAGAAGAAUGGAAUGUUCUUUAUCGAGACAUCUGCAAAGACAGCAGAUAAUAUAAAUGAACUUUUUGAGGACAUUGUUGACUAUUCUACUUGCAAGCCUCCCAUCAUGUUGCAGCCCGAAGACCGUCAUAACAAAGUCAGAUACAGCUGUUGGAGGAGCUAAAGAUGAUACUGGGAUAAGUAUCUCAUCCAACGAAGAUCUAGCAUUUGACUUUUUUCUGACUAAGGGAAGUCAGAGCUAGUUGGCCGUUCUUCUCUGGGAAUCUUGCCUGCCAGGACAAUUAACCAAACCAAUCGGCAAUGUGGAAUCUCAAACAAGGUUUAAGGUCAAAUAAAGGGAAUCGGAAAAUCUAAAGCUCAUGUAUCUGUUCUGCUAGAUUGCAACAUGUAGAGAAGUUGAAGGAGCAUGCUGGACAGCACCAACUGGUAAAUGACCAAGACUCAAGGAAUACGGCCUUAUAUAAGCCUGCUGAUUAAACAAUUGAGGAUACUGAAGAAAGAUCGCAAGUUACUUUUGCAAUCAAAUUAGAUGUAACUAGAUAUUUUGCAUGGGGAGAAAUUUGUGAAACUACGUAACCCAAAGCUAGAGCAGAGCUGACGUAUGACCAUAUAAACAGUAAAUGGUUUGGUGUAUUCUUGCAAAUUUAUUGUAUAUUACAAUAGAUUGGAUACUAGACUACAUUUCUAGCAA